CCUUGUUUACGUUUUUCCAUUCAUAGCCAUUUUACACAGAGCGGAAAGAGCUAGUUAGAUUAACUAACUCUGUGUAAAAAGUAAUAGUGGAAAAAAAACAUGCUGCGCUGCGGCUCGUCUCGGUGAACUCGGAGUGAUGGCGAGUGGGAGUGUGUACGCGUCGCUGGCGGGCUUUCUCGGAGCGGCGGCGUCCUGCUCUGCUAAACUGUCCCUCGGCGCCGGUUAUCUGAGAGCGCUGUGUGAGAGCGGACUGAGACGAGCCGUCGAGGAGAAGAUCUUCACCACCGAGGAGCUCCACACUGCGGCUUGUGAAUGGCUGCACAUUCCUCUGAGACUGCUGUGUGGACUCCUGCUCUUUAUCUGCAAUGCAGUAAUGUGGACUUUCUUUGCCAAAGCUCUCAGACACUCCUCGUCCUCUGCCCGGGCUACCGUGACCACUACUGCUUCUAAUUUCAUCUCUUCUGCAUUUCUUGGACAUGUAAUCUUUGGGGAAAGCCAUGCCUUGUUGUGGUGGGUUGGCAUCUUCCUAACCUUACUGGGACUCUUUAUAUUGCAUGGAUCAUCUCCACAGGACCAACAGUUGGAUGUUAAAAAGGAUGAAUGAUCUAUCAGUUGUGUCAGCUAUGGAGGACCAAAAAUGGAUACAAAAGCAUGUGACACAUAGAAGAGAUGUAGGUGUUUACAUUAAAUUGGAAUGUUAAACCUCAGUUUGCUCAUCUGCAGAUGUUCGAAUCUAACAUAUAUAAUAAAAUCUAUCACUGGAAACAUGUCCAGGAGCGAGGACAUGGGACUUGGAGCGCCCAUGGAUUAGCAUUAUAGGUAUUUACAGUUAUUUUUGUUAUUUUGGUGAUUUUAUAUGAACGUAUUUAAUCAUGUUUGUGUCUACACUUAUGUAGAAGGCUGGGAAUGUGGAAGAGGCAUGGACUCUGUGUCUUACUGAAAUGGUGUAUAAAAAAAUGCUGUAUAGAACAUUCUAUACUUACACUGUUAUCCUCUACAAUAAAGCAUACUUUUAUACUUUAA